AUGGUUUUCUGGUCUAUCCUUAGAUUACAAAUGUAAACACUAAACACUAACCAAUAUGUUUCAUAGUGAAUCUAUUACUUCAAAGCUAUAGGGCCCAUAUUUCAAUUUUUAUAUAUAACCUCCACCACUAAAAUCACCAUUAGAGCAACCUAUAUAGAACAAGAAACACCAUUUUUAUCUUCUAUGUACCCUCUCCUUGAGAUACAAAAGUUGUCUGCAAUUACAUAUAUCAGAAAAUCUUCUGUCUGCCACUAGUAGGACUCACCCUUCCCUCUUCUUCUCUUUCAUUUCUUCACAAUGUUUAUUUGUUGAGACAAAGUGGAGGAUUUUCCCUCCACGUUUUUACCACUCUUGUUAAAAUUUAUUUGUCAUUAGAUUAGAUGCAUAAGCUUCUUGCUUAAUCCUUUAUAGUCAUGUUUAAAAACAUGACUAUAAAUAUGGCCAAGUCCAUAGGAUUCAACCACAUAAGUUGUAAAACUUAACUACUACUACUACCUCUUUUGUAGCCUUGAGGAUUCAAUUUCAAAACUCAUAAACAUGUCAUUUUUCAGUGUCAAAAACUUCUUCCAGAGAUUCUGGUUGGAUGAAAUGGAAAUGGGAAGUUAUACACAUAGCAGCUUUUUGUCUAGUGAUCUUCUACCGUCUCUUGGCGCCCAAGUAAUCCAGGAAACUAAACCACGAAAAUACGUAAUCUACCCAUUCAAUCCUCAUUAUAGGAUUUGGGAGUUGUUACUGGUUGUUCUAGUCAUAUACUCGGCUUGGAUAUGCCCCUUCGAGUUUGCCUUUCUGACUUAUAAGGAAGAUGGACUAUUCAUCUUAGACAACAUUGUCAAUGGCUUCUUCGCCAUCGACAUAGUGCUUACAUUCUUCGUUGCAUACCAAGAUAGCGAUUCAUAUCUUGUCAUUGAUGAUCCAAAGAAAAUUGCUACCAGGUACAUAUCCACCUGGUUUGCUUUGGAUAUUUGCUCAACAGCUCCACUUGAGUCCAUUAGCCUCCUCUUCAUUAAUCAUAACAGUGAGCUUGGUUUCAAACUUCUUAACAUGUUGCGACUAUGGCGUCUUAACCGAGUCAGUUCUCUUUUUGCAAGACUCGAAAAGGACAUUCGCUUCAAUUAUUUUUGGGUUAGAUGCACAAAGCUCUUUGCUGUGACCUUGUUUGCAGUACACUGUGCAGGAUGCUUUAACUAUGUAAUUGCAGACGUGUAUCCUGAUUCCAGAAAAACUUGGAUAGGUGCUAUGUACCCAAAUUUUAAAGAAGAAAGUCUUUGGGACAGAUAUGUAACUGCAAUAUACUGGUCCAUCGUCACGCUUACUACAACUGGCUAUGGAGAUUUACAUGCAGAGAACACCAUAGAGAUGCUGUUUGAUAUCACUUACAUGCUGUUCAACUUGGGCUUAACAUCAUACAUCAUUGGAAACAUGACUAACCUUGUAGUUCACUGGACGAGCCGCACCCAAGAUUUUCGGGAUACAGUCAAAGCAGCUUCUGAGUUUGCUUCAAGAAAUCAUCUGCCACAUCGCGUGCACAAUCAAAUGUUGGCGCACAUAUGUUUGAGGUUUAAAACAGAAGGAAUGAAGCAGCAAGAAACUUUAAAUGAUCUUCCAAAGGCAAUUCGUUCAAGCAUCGCACACCAUCUCUUUUUUCCUGUUGUGCAGAAGGUAUACCUCUUUCAAGGUGUCUCCCACGACUUCCUACUCCAACUGGUUUCAGAGAUGAAAGCUGAGUAUUUCCCACCAAAGGAAGAUGUGAUACUGCAAAAUGAAUCUCCUACAGACCUUUAUGUGCUGGUUUCCGGGGCUGUGAAUCUCGUUCACUACAUUGACGGGAAUGAUCAAGUGGUUCUUGACAAGGCAAUUGCAGUAGACACAUUUGGAGAGUUUGGAGUUUUAUAUCAUGUACCGCAGCCUUUCACAGUUCGAACCAUAGAGCUUUCUCAGAUAUUAAGACUCAACAGUACAACCUUAAUGAAUGCAUUACAAGCAAAUCCAGGGGAUGCACAGAUUGUAAUGGAUAACCUUUCAAUGAGAUUAAGGGAGCGUGCACGGUUCGUAUCUGAAUAUCCACACACAGAUCUUGGAUUGGUUCUACAGAAACUGCUUCAUGGAGGUAACACAAUAGAAAGCUCUACUCAAGAGUGUAAAAAUAAUUUACGUUCCUUAAUGCAUGAAAGAGAAAACAUAAAUAUCAGAGACUCAGAGAAUAAUUUGCAUAAUGUGACUAAUGGUGUUCAUUUAGUUCCUAAUAAUAUGAUACCUGAAGACUGCAAAAGAGAUCUCCAUACCGCUACACUGACUGCGCAUACGGGGAAACUAGACAUUAUUGAAAUUCUGCUUGAAAGAGAUGCAAAAGCAAAGAACACAGAUGCCAUAGGGUGGACACCAAAAGCUCUAGUACAACAGUUAAAAAGCAAGAGCAUUUCUGACCAUACAAUGAAUUACGAAAGCAAGAAGAAAUCAGAUGAACAUAGAAUAGAGAUAGUGGAGCCACAAAUCCUUAAACUUGGAAGGAAUGGCUCAACCAGAAACAGUAAACAGGAUGGUAUUAGAACUAUUAACUUCCCACUAGAGAAUGUAUACACAGACUACAAUUCAAGGAAUUCCAAUUGUCCAAGUGAAAUAGAAAUGGCAAGGUUCACCAAGAAGAGGGUAACAAUCCAUUCGCAAAGUGGAUGGAGAAGUAGCUCACAUGGACAACACGGAAAACUGAUAAUUCUACCUGAUUCAUUAGAAGAGCUGCUCAAAAUUGCUGGUGAAAAAUUUGGCAGCUUCAACCCCACAAAAGUAAUUAAUAAAGAGAAUGCAGAGAUAGACGACAUUGAUGUCAUUCGAGAUGGUGAUCAUCUCUUUUUUCUUGGAAGCGAAAGUGACAAUUUGAAUUUGUGAUGUUAACAAUUUAGAUAGGAAGAUAAGUAGUACUGUAGUACCUUUAGGAACUUAAUGACAAUGGUAUAAUCAACUUUUGAAAAUGCCAAGCAUUCCAGAAAGUUAUUGGAAAAUCAUACAAUUCAAUUACAAAAGCUGCUCUUGGUUUAUGAUUGUUGAAACAAAAUUUACAGUGUAUGGUUGUAAAUCCAAGGAAAAUAAUCUUAUAAUGGAGUGCAGUCUCUGCAACAUGUUUGCUGAUGUA